CUAACCCAUUGAUACUUUGUGGUAAAUUCCAACCUUCAAAUUGGAUGUAAUGUUUACAAUUUUGAUAAAAAAAUAUGUUUUUCUCCGACUUGCCGAGUAUUAUCAGACCUAAUUCGACGACAGAAAGGUCAACGCGAAAAAUGUUUACUUAAAUUCGUUCUCGAACACAAUAAAAUGGCAUUCUCGUCGCUCGGAUGGAUUUCUCUGAUUGUUUUCUUGUUUUUUUCUACUUUCGGGGCGUAUCUCCUCGCGCUCAGUGUCAGUACUUUAACAGUCUUUUUGGUGGGAAUGUUUUCCUUUUUGUACUUAAAGUUGGGAAACGUCGAACAGUUUUACGUAAAAUGCGCGGGCAAUCCGCUGACGAACGUGUCUUCAUCGAAAGGCGGCUUGAACGCGAUCCGAAACGUGGUUUCCGGUCCGAAAGAACCCCAGAAAAGGGACAGCAGGGUUACCGGCAGCGACCUAAUUGACAAAUCCCUACAGGAUAUUUUGGGUUACAUCGUUAGGGAUUAUAUCGAGCCGUGGUACAAUUUAAUAUCGGCGAACGCGGAAUUCACGGAUUCCGCCGUGAGACACACGGCGCAAUCGUUCGCCAUAAACAUUUCAAACAGGGUGAAGGAGAUCGAUUGGAUACCGUACUUAACCCAAAGGUUAGUAGAUGACGCGGCCUCGCACUUGAGGCUGUUUAAACAAGCCAGGACGAAGAUGAAACAACAAGAGAGCCUAGCGGAACACGCCAGGCAAUCCCAGAUGAGAGAUGUCCGAAUGUCGCCUAAACGGACCAUGCAUAAACGAAACAAAAGCGAGACGGACGUGUCCUGGUACAUCGGGAGAAAUAGUGACUUAAAACGAGGUAAAUAUGGUAUAGUUCCUUGUGUUUAUUCAGGGAAUGACACUCGGUUUGGAGAUUCGGCCAAAGCGACGGGCGUUUCGAAAAAACCCACGCUCGAGGAGCAUUUUUUCGAGCUCGAGUGCCAAAUGGAGAAAAAUUUAGUAUGUAGGGACGUCGUUUGUAUGGAUAAGUGCACUGAAGAAGAGUUUUUGAGCGAGCUAGUGGAAAUCUUACUGUACGUCUUGCUGCCUGAUGAGGAUUUCCAGUGCAAGGUGCUGCGAUACAUGCUACGCGACGUUUUCGCCAACGGAGUGCUGCGCCCCCUUUUCGAUUUGUUUUGCGACCCCGAUUACAUCAAUCAGAUCAUCAUUUGGCUCUGUCUACAGAAUUCUAGUCUGUCGAGUGAUAUUUUCCUUACCGUUCUGAGAUUAUCCGAGAACUCCGAAGAGCUCAGGAGCGUUAAAGACUUAGUUUGCGACGAGAUGCAAAAUUUGCGGUCGAGGGACACGGGCGGCGACAGCGACCUCAGCGUCAAACAGCAGCUGAGCAGCCUGACCUACGUCACGAAACUCAUCGACAACAGACUGUUAAAAAUAGAAAACGCCCCUUUCGAAGGGCUAGAGGCCGACGAUCCGUUGGGAGCCGAAGACGUCGACCUCACCCUCCACCAGAUCCUCAAAGAUAACCUCGGUCUGUCCCAUUUCAUGGACUUCGCGACCACCCGCGGCAAACACUGCGACCUCUUCUUCUACCUGAACAUCGAGGGCUGGAAGGACUCGGUCAGGAAGGAGCUCGCCGACCUGCGAAACCUCCGGGGCAACCACGAGAUGGCGUCGUCGGUCUACAAAGUAAUCAGGUCGACGGCAUCGGACCUCUACGAGGAGUACCUCGGUUCGAGGGGAGGGGGACGUUCGCACGUCGACGCUGGAGUCGCGCAGAUUUUACACUUCAAAAUCAGGAACCUGCAGGAAACUCCUAGCGAGCUUUGGUUCGACGAAGUCGAACGCGUCCUGCUUGACAGGAUGGAGAGGGAACUCCUGCCGGCGUUCAAACGGAGCAAGUCGUACGUCAAGCUGCUCCACGAGCUCGACUUGGUGCCGCAAGGUGACGAGGAGGGCGAAGGGGCGUUGUCGACUGAGCGCGCGCUCUUGUCGGUCGACUACGCGGCAACCAAGCCGAAACACACGAGGUCGUUCAGUGACGUAGUCGUGUUCGGGUCCGGUCGGGCUGAGGUGGGCGGAGACUCGCGCCAACCCGAAGACGAUGACGUCGCGGAUCGUUCAAAAAAUGGCGACUUUACGAUCACCGUCAGCAUUAUCGAAACAGGUAUCGUCUGCGAGAAGGGCAAGACAUUUGGCAUUUACGCGCUGAGAGUGGGCAGACAAUACGAAACGGGUUUCUUGGAGGAGUGGCACGUGUACAGACGAUACAGCGACUUUUACGACCUGCACGCGCGCGUGAAAGGCAAAUUUCCAGACCUUUCGAAGCUCGCGUUUCCCGGCAAAAAGACGUUCCACAACAUGGACCGGGCUGUGCUCGAGCGCAGGAUGAAAAUGCUCGACCACUACGUCAACGAGUUGACCGGCACUCGCACUCUCGAAACCCACGAAGGCCUGCGGAAUCUGCUGUCCUCGUUUUUGGAGCAGGGGGAGUACGACAGGGCGACCGGCGGUCCCAUGACGACCACGAUCAACACGCUGGUUAGUCCGCUGAGGUCGGGCAUGAAGUCGAUCAAACAAGUGCCGGAGCAGCUGAUCAGCACGAUGGACGAGAUGGUUGGGGGCCUGUCCAAGGUGUUUCACGGUAGGAACGCGAAGCAACACGAAGCGGGCAAAGUAGGCGAGUCGAUCGAAGAGACCGACGACAACGUGCCGCUGCGCAUAAUGCUGCUGCUGAUGGACGAGGUGUUCGACCUGAAGUCGCGAAACCAGUGGCUGCGCAGGCGCAUGGUCACGCUGCUCCGCCAAAUACUCAGGACCAUGUUCGGUGACAUCGUGAACCGUAGAAUACUAGACUACGUGUCGCACAUCACCAGCCCGAAGAACGUCGCCCAUUACCUCCACGUGUUCAAGCAGUCUUUCUGGCCGAACGGGGUGCGCAUCGAGCGCAAAACCGAACGGUCUUCAGGUACGAAGAACAGGACGAGGGUGGCAGCCAAAGCGGCCCUGCUCGCGUCGCUGUCCGACGAACUGAAGCACAUCAUCGGAUCUGAGACGAGUCGUCGCGGUCUGCUCACCGUUUUCGAGCUGUUUCAACGUCCAGUGCUCAACCGACGUCUCAUCUACGUCCUGGUCGAGGGCAUGGUGUGCACUUUGUUCCCCGAGAAAGACAUGGCGUCCCUGUUCCGGAAACUGCACUCGAGAUCGAAACGUAGCGCUGUGAACGUCGCCACGUGAACACUAUCCUUGGCCAAAGAUUUUCCUCUCGACUCGAGUUUUGUGAUACCUGCACUUACUCCGAUCUAUGCGCACUAGAUUAUUUAUUUAUUUCGAUAUAUUUUGCAAAUAAACGUAUUCUUUUA